AGGACCUGCGACUUAGCCAGCGCAACAGGCGGCUGGAGGGGCAGCCGGGUGGACCAGUCCCGCCAUGGACAAGCUGAAGAAGGUGCUGAGCGGGCAGGACACCGAGGACCGGGGCGGCCUGUCCGAGGUUGCUGAGGCAACUUCAUUAAGCUCGGGCACCAGAAUAAAAGGCUUCAUUGCCUGUUUUGCCUUAGGAAUUCUCUGCUCACUUCUGGGAACCCUUUUGCUCUGGGUGCCCAGGAAGGGACUGUAUCUCUUCGCAGUGUUUUAUACCUUUGGUAACAUCGCAUCUCUUGGGAGCACCGCCUUCCUCAUGGGACCAAUGAAACAGCUGAAGCGAAUGUUUGAGCCUACGCGUUUGAUUGCCACUAUCAUGGUGCUGUUGUGUUUUGCACUUACCCUGUGUUCUGCCUUUUGGUGGCACAACAAAGGGCUUGCUCUCAUCUUCUGCAUUUUGCAGUCUCUGGCCCUGACGUGGUACAGUCUUUCCUACAUACCAUUUGCAAGGGAUGCUGUGAAGAAGUGUUUUACUGUGUGUCUUGCGUAACACACAGCCAGGUUUGCAAAGCUCUGGAAAGCACCAUGGAUGGAUGUGGGUGGACCGUGUUGUAAAUAUCUUCUAAACCUCUGUCUCACAGACAUGUGCCUUUGAUCUUGCAAGCAACGUGCGGCUUGCAUUUUGAACCUUUGGGGAUUGCUUCUGGAGGCAACUGUGUGUUCCCAGACCCAGAUGUCUGUCACAUGAUACAAGAAAUGGGUUCUAUAUCUGACAGAGUGGAAUCUUCCUCAUGUACCUUUGGAUGGUGUUCCACUGAGCUCUUAGGAGUAAGAACCUUGUUAGCAACAGCAGAUGAGCCUUGGAAGCCAGUGAUUCCCAGUUGGUGACAGAUGGCCCCGCUGGAGACUCAGGUGCAACAGGAAGGGAUGGAGUUUGGGAGUCAAUGGGACUUUGUAGAUUUGUCCCUCAGCCUGUUGCGCCUGCCCCAUACAACAUGGAUGUACUUCUCCUGUGGUGUCCAGGAUCAAGCUGCCAUCCUGACAUUUGAACAUGAGCCUGUGUACAGCCUGGCUGGAAUGAGGUAGAAAAGCACUUUCUAAUGAUGUGUGUUGUUUUUAAACCUGAACAGCUCUCUUCUGACUCCACACCUGACUAUGGGAUGUAUUUUCUUUCCUUCUUUUUUAUUGGACUGGAGUUGCUUUACAGUGUUGGGUGGGAAUGUAUUUUCUAAUGCUCAGUGCAUACUCUUUUUCUUGGGUUUUAAUUUCUUUCUUUCUCCCUCCCCAACGUAUCUUCACUCUUGACCUCCUGGAACGAGAUUGAAAGAGAACAAAGCUGCAGCAGUAAAUACGAGUGUUUCCUUUUGGACAGGAGCCCGUAGGAGGUGAAAAACCAUGCUGCUCUCUGCUGUAUUCCACCCCCACCACCAUUAUUUGUAUAUGUUUGCUUUUAAACCGAUUUUAUUUUCCAUUCUCCCCUGGAAUGGGGCCAGGGGAGAGUAGGUGGGAAGACAGAGCCCAACCGUGGAGCCAGCAGAAAGUAGGCACUCCUACCCAGUGACCUUUAAACAGUCCCAGUGUUUUGCACUGGAGCCUGUGCUGGAAACAGUGGGAGAAGAUGCCAGGGACUGCAGAGUGGCCAUAUCACAGCCUGAUGCCUGAUCACAGACAGACUGCUUUCAUGUCCCUGAUCUUGUCUAGUCCUGGUAAGAACCUUGUGAUCAAGCAGAGAUUGUUAACCCACUUGGCUGUCCAAAAAAAUCAAGGCUCAGAAAAGUUACUAGAUCUACCCAAAAUCAGAGUUGCUGGCAGAACUGAGUCCUGAGCCUGGGUGCCCCUGCUUCAGUCCCCUUCUUAACCCGCAUUUCUGGAUGUGGCUCUGGUGAUAUCUCCUGUAACUAUUUUCCCCGUCUUCAUCAGUCAAGCUUGUUCAUUUUCUGGCCCCAGUCCUCUACAUCAUUGUAUUUUCUCCUGCUUAGUCUCCCUAUGGGAAGCUUCCUCCUGGAUCUGUGGCCUCUUCAUCAGUUCUUUUGUGCCCAUUUGCCCCUCCUUACUGCAUGACCUUCAGAAUGUCCUGUAUCGAUCAUCAGAGCUCUUGGCAUUGCAAGGCCUCCAAAGUCUCCUUCAAAGCCAGUCUGUUUGGGUUUGCCUUUCUCUUCUUCCUGGUCUGGUCUGUCCACUCAGGCUCUUGCUCUGGGAGCCUCCAAACCAAAGGCAGUGUUCCACCUCUUGUCUCUUUGCUUACUAAUUGCUGAAUUCUUUUUUCUGCUGUAGCUGAGACCUCAGACUGGCAAGGCUUUUCUUCUGAUCUGGGGAAGGUAUGAACAGGCCUGAUGGUGCCAGAGUGAGGAACCAAUGUUACUGGGUCCUUUCUAGGCUGUUGACGGCAUCCUGUCUUCUGCUGAGACCCCUAAUAUAGCUUCAGCUAGAAUUGAAAAGUAUAUACUACCAUCUGGUUAUCUUCACAUGCCCGGUGCUUCCAGGAGACUGCUCAGAUCUCAGAAGGGUCCUGAAUGGGGCCAGAAGGAAGUCAGGAGUCUUCAUUGCUUCUUCUCUUUAAAGCUGAUGUGAAACUAACCUGGUCUCACUGUGAGCUUCAACUAGCCUGGAGGCCACGAACAGCCAGAGGAUCUCUGUGGCUGACCCCUCUGUACCUUUUUCAGAGGCUGGACUUGGACUUUGUGAGACAUGAGGUUAAGAGGUCACCUGGCCUCUAUGAUGUCGUGGUGGUUAAUGUGGGCUAUGAAGUCAAACAGGUCUGGGUGAGCUGUGUCUCAGUCACAUGCUAGUGUCAGGUUGAACAAGCUCCUUAACCUCUGGUCCUCAUGUUGCUCAUCUGUUUAAAAAUAAUGGGGAUAGUUGCUGCUGGAUCAUUGUAGGAUGUCAAUAAGAAAUAUGUCAAGUGCUUAGCAGGGGACCCAGCAUAGGUAAAUGUCUCAGUAAAAGGUGGGUGUUAUUAUUUAAGCCUGACAAUAAUGGAUGACCAUUGAAGGUGAGAGGGUGAAUGUCUCUGGUCAUUAAUUUAUCUAAAAAAAUUUAUUUUGUAAUAUGUAUCUGGCACUACAGACAUCACCAUGCCACAUCUCACUGAAUAUUCACAAUAACUUUGCUAGACUAGCAGCGCGUGCUGUCUCUGGGUUGUGUCUGGCUCUUUGCGACCCUAUGUACUGUAGCUCACCAGGCUUCUCUGUCCAUAGGAUAUCCCAGGCAAGGAUACUGGAGUGAGUUACCAUAAGCCAGCAGUCUUGUCUCUGUUAUUAGACAAGCAACAGCCUCAGAAAGGGUAGAGGGUCUGUACCAGAUCUCACCGGCAGAGGACGCCAGUUCUCGGAUAAAAGCUCCUGCUUUGUCUGCUCUUGAGCCCUGUGGCCAGUUUGCUCAUACGGGUCCGUUCCAACACCUGAACAGCGCAUGGGUGAUCUUGCCUUCCAGGAUCUUCCCAGACCCCUACAUUUUUCUUUCUGCUGCCUUACCUUUUGGUUACUUCCCUCCUUGUUUUCGUCUGCCAGAUUGUAGGUGUCCAUCUCAAAUGUACGGAAAGGUGUUACCAAGCAGCCGUGCUGGUUAGAAGCGACCCCAUGGAUGAGACAAGGAGUGGAGGGUUAGGGUUUUAGAUCCUGUGGCUGUUCGUGGUCUGUUUCCCUGCUCCCCUGCCUUCCAUCUUACCUGUUCGUUGCUGGUUAGAUCUUUGCAUUUUGGAAUGAAGGCAACCUUUGAGGUGGCCCUUUUGUAGACAAGACGUGUGUUUGUUCAAGGCGGUGCUCCCAGCAGCGGGGUGGGAGGCUGGCCCGAACGCUCUUCCUUGGCUGUGUUGGCCUGUGACCACUGUGCUGGGAGCAGCCCUGCCCUCCAGGCCUGGAGGCCUGGGUUCUUCUUAGGUUUCCCUGCCCCUUAGAAACUGCUUGUCUGAUGCUGGGCUAGUGUGUUUACUAGCUCAUUGUCCCCCACCUCCUGUCUCAGAGUUCUUCAUUUUUGCCUGAUGUGCUCAGGGGGGCCUCUGGCUCUCCAACUUCUCUGCAUGGCUCUGCCUGUGGCUAUGGGCUGCUGAGACCCAGCCUAAGGUUUCCCGUCUCCCUUCCACAGACUGUCUUGUCUCUGGGAAAGAGCAAAGCACUCUAUCUGGCUGAGCAUUCUCAUUGGCCUCAUUGUCAGUGCUUGGAGCUUCUGUGCAUCACUCCUGUGUGGUGACUGUGGAUUAUCCAGCUGAGUGCUACCCUAAUCAGUAUAUGCUCAGAAGCAAGAAAUAUAAUCAUGAAAUGCAUCUAACAUUACUUUUGGAUACUUCCAUUAGGAAAGAUAAUUAAGAAGAGGGUCAUACCUUAAAAAAAAUGGUGUGGGGGUACUGGUUUGACUGCUUCUGCUUUUGAUGUCUGCACGAGAGUGACACAUGUUACACCACACGUGAUGAAACUUGGCAGAAUGAAUUAGAAAAUAAAACUGCAGCCCUGUGACUUCGGUAUUCUUUUUGUAUGGGGUUGCCUAUAUAAGGCUUCUCUUCUCAUCUCUUUCCUCAGAUAACUUCUGACUAGAGUGGCUGCAGAAUUACAGAUACUUCAGAGUUCACAACCCAUCCUUAAACUUCAUUUUAAGCAAAUAAAAACAACAAAAUCAGUGUUUAAGGUUUAUAAAGUGUUUUUGCUAGAUAGUAGGCAUCGUUCUUUUGAUUUUAAAAUCCAAUACUUAAGUUUUUAGAUGUGCAGUAGUUUCCUUGCAGUUAGCAUUUUCAAAAAAGUGAAUAGACUCUCACCUGAUGUUAAAUACAGAUUUAUAUGUAUGUAGCUCUUGAAAAGAUUAACAAAAGAACUUACAUUUAAAAGUCUACAUUUUUUUUUUACCAAUUUUUAUUUAAAAAGUUGGAAAGUUGAGUCAUGUGACUUUAAAGUACCUUCUCAUUUAUAAUUUUAUGAAAUUCUGAGAUCUUGAGGGUUUUUUGGUCAAGUGAAGAGGAGUGCUAUGUGGUGUAGUUGCCCCCAGUUUACUUGGGGUAGGGCAUUUCGUCCCACUUUUCAGUUAUCUAGUUCUACCCUGAAUGCUUUAAUAACACUCCCAAGGCCCUGGUACACUUAAGCUUUGCUGUUGAUGGCUCAGAUUUCUGCCCCUUGGCUUCACAAAGCGCUGGCAGAGAUCUUGCUGCAGAGUUUGUGAGCAGAGCCCAGGGACCAUCAGUGCCUUUGUUGAUGUAAACUGACUGAAUAAAAUUAUGUUCUUUCUUAGCUGGAGCUGAAAAACUGAUGAUGAGCUU